AUGGGAAGGGAAGAGCCUCGACGUUCCUCAGGCACGACGUGCUCUAAUUGUGGUGUAUCUUUACUGAAGGACGAAGGCCACAUCAGAUGCAGUGACAAGGACUACUGUGGGACGUGCUUCGCAACAUCAGAUACCACCCAAGUCGAUCCCUCGUCCGAUGAAUCAUCCCCAUGGACAGUCGUGGAUACACUGGCCUUGCUAGACGCCGUGGCAAAGGUUGGCGUUGGGUCAUGGGACGAUGUGUUGGCACGCAUGCGGCAAGCUGGAGCGGACUCGGAAAAGGAGAUCACUCCAGCACAAUGUCGAUCACGGUUUAUGCAACUGUUCAUACCAGGCUACACGCCAAGAAGAGGGGACUUCGAAGUGGACUAUGAUGACUGCGCCGAACUCCUUCUCGCAGAUAUGGAGUUCAACCCCUCAGAUCGACCCGAGGACACCAAAAUAAAGGCUGAUGUCCUGUUGGCCUACAACGCGCGGUUGUCCCUUCGUGAGGAAAUGAAGCGUUAUGUUGUGGCUCGACAGAUGGUUCUGCAACAGCCGCCGUGCAGUGCAUCAACAGGGGGUGGGGGAGUUCCUGCACCCCCUCCUGUGAAUGCACAUACGCGUGCAGGGCAAAUCUUGAGUCGACUUCUCCGACCUGUGGAAAGGUUUUUUGAUUCUAAGGACGACUGUGAGGAGUUCAAACAAGUCCUUCGCCAGUGUGAGGCCAGUGUGGGCACCUACGAGUCGUACGGUGACCCAGUGGAUGACUCGGAUGAUCAACAUGACGUUGAACACUCUGGAAAGGGUGGAAUGCAGGAAAGGGCGUCUGUGAGUGGGGGAGAUGAGGCGGGUCGCGAUGAUCUCAAGGAUCGAGAGAUGACCGAGGAGACGCCCAUGUUAAAUCAGAAGUCGGGCAGUGAAGUGAGCAUACACUCCAUGGGGUCAAGGGAGGAGGAGCCAUCCGCGAUUCGUCCCUUUACACCAACUGUCAACGGGACAUGGCAUUCGCACUUCAUCCAGAGGACUGUGACCAUCAAAGAGAAGCCUCUAACUUUGAAGGAGUUGAAAAGUCUCGUCAAAACGGCGAGGCUACCUAGCAUGAGGACCUCUACCAAGCCGACAAGCUACACCUUUAAUAGUUGGGCUCCCUUGGCGAUAGGUGGCGGCCUUAGCUAUUCGUUAGAAGUACCGAGUUCGCCGUAUACAAUGGAUGGGGGAGGAGCAGAGGAGGUAAGUAAAAUACAGAAGCUUUGCGGACUCAAGAAGUUGAGGGACAUUCGAACACACUACAUAUCAGUAUGCAAGGUUAGGCUCAGUGGGAUGCCUCGGGCGUUCAUCGACUCUGAAAGUGGUCUUCCUACUAUAAGGAUGGAAGCCCGUAGCCUCAUACGUCCCCUGAGAACGGACAUCACUAUCGAGUUCGUGUACGAUCGCAGUGAAGAGGCCUAUGGGGCUUUCGUUGCCCAUGCUCUUAUGCUGGAGGAGGAAUAUAGGAACACUCGAAGUGUGGAGAAAAAGGGGAAGAAGUCGGUCGAAACGACCACACCUGCUGAUUCGCACGUACUGCAGUCCCGGGCUGAGGGGUACAAGGCUCUUACUGAUCCUUGUAUGCUCGCCGUCUUCCAGGAGGCUCUACCUGGUGAAGGCACCGUACAGCAGUCAAGUCCUCCGUCCCCAGGCUCUCCCCCUGCUGAUGAUGGUGAUGGUCGUGGUGAAUCACCGAAUGCUGUUAUUGACGAUAGCGCGUCGGGUCCUGCUGUACGAUAUUCGCUCGCCCCUGGUUCUUCUCGGGCUUCCAUAAGUGAAGCUGAGGAGAAUGCCGUUGUGGAGACGCCCCUGGUGAACUAUACAAGACUGCCUCCACUAAACUUGCAAACUAUUGGUUAUGAUUUCUUCACCAGGCAAGGAGUACCCGUUAAAUGGAUGACAGGAGUUGAUGUAAGCCCUCGAGCUUGUAUACCGUUCGAGUCGGAGAGUGGCGAGAAGAUGAUGUUCACUCCGAUAAGUGCUGGGAUAGGAGGCGAGAGUAUAAAUGGUCGUAUGAUGAUGUACAUGGUCCAGUACGGGGCUACUGAGAGGAGCUGCAGAGGUCUGGUGGAAGAUUAUGAUGUUGAUGAUGAGAAUGAACAAACUAUCAUCGUAAGGGAAGAUAAGAAGAUAUUGACAGAGUUAACGAAGGUUGUUGGAACGAAGAAGGGUGGUGAGAGGAAGGACAUAGUUAUGAUACCAAGGGUGGUACCCUUCUACUACCCCCUCAAGGCCCGCCAGAGACGGCGUAGCGCUGUGAUGUAG